UUUUUUUUUUAAUAUUAUUUAUAUAAAAAAUGGUUUCAACUCAAGUAGCAGGAUUUACAGUAUUGAAGGACACUCCUUUAAAUUUGAAUCUGGAAGAAGCUAUCAUGAAUUCAAAAAAAUCUGGUUCAUUUCUUUUACAUAUGCUUAUCAUGAUAGAUCCUGAGCAAAUCAAGACAAAUGAAAUUGCAAAAGAUGCUUAUGAAGAAUGUUUACAGUUAAAGGAAUAUCUUUCUGAGCAACUUUGGUCAGUAGUCGAUACAGAGUGUAUUGCAUCUGUUCAAUCUGCUCUUGAUGAACUUACUCUGGCCUUGAAUAAAUAUGAAAUGAUAAAUGAUAUGAUUGAUGGUGAAUGGGAAUUCAUAGAAUCAUCAAAUUGUCACCACAAUAGUAUAACUACUUUUUAAUAAUCUAUAUACCUUAUUUUAUAAUAAAAUAAUAAUAAUGAAAGUCGUCUGUAA